AUGAGUAAGGAUGAAAUACUAGAAUUGAAUAGUCAAAGCUACUUGCAUUUAUUAAAUAUACCAUAUAGAUCAAUAUCGGAAACAGACAAGUUUUGUCUAAGCAUAAUAGAAAUAGCUAAUGAGUUUAUAAUACUGGAUACUAAGAAAGUGACGAAGUUGUUGAUCAACAUCAAAGAUACAGAUAUGGCAAGUAUAAUAACGAGCACCUUGAGAAAAUACUUCAUAAAUGAUAGAGUUAAGAGUUCGAUAUUAGAAUUUAUGGAUUCACCUAUUAGUGACAACUUUCGUGAGGGAUUCUUUAAUAAUAUAUCGCAUAUACUAGAGUUACAAGAUAAAGGUGAUGAUCAAAAAUCAGAAAUUUUGUUAAGCUAUUUAAAUAAGCUAGCCUUAGUUGGUAGUGUUAACAAAAGACCACUUAUUCUUAACAAAAAUUUUUAUGACAAAAUAAUUUCAGUAGUUCCAGAGUCCCGUUAUGCAGAAUUUUAUUCAUAUUUGCUUAAUUUGAACAUACAAACAUAUGCCACGCAGCAACUUGAUAGCCUAAAAUACAAAUUGAUAAUGGGAUCAAAUUUGGAGAAAUUUGUUGUUAGAACUGGCUGGAUGAAUUCAAAAUGGCAUGAUGUCCAAAGGCCCGACUUCGAUAGUAUUCAUCAAGAAAAAAUGAUACAGUUUUUCUCAAUAAAGGAUUUGAAAAUGUUCGCUUUAUUUGCAAUUAAAAAAGAGGAUAUAGUUGAUGCUACCUUAUAUUUGAAUUUAAUUGUAUCGAAGUUUGAAGGGAAAUGUAAGCAAAGAAUGGAAUCUGACUUUACCCCUGGCCUGAUACAAACGACAUUACAGGCUGAUAUCCAAUCUGUUCUAAAUGUUAUCCUUAGCUACAUUAUGGCAUUUAAAGGCUCUCAAAGUUGCAUAAAAGUAUUAAAGUAUAUGGUAAAAAAUCAUUUAGACGUUAAAUUUGAAAAUCUUCUAACAAUUAUGAACAACCUACGUGAUCAAGGCUACUUUCAAGAAGCUCUCUUGCUUAUGAAUAAUAUUGAUUUAAAAAGUUUAAACAAUACUCAGUUAUUAAAUUUAAUAGAGGAAAUUUUAAAAUUAAUCAAAGAAAAAUACCCAACGUCACCAAAAAUUCUCAUUGGGUAUGUUAGCUCAAUGUUUAGUGGAAAAACAGAAAACCUUGAGGAUAAUAUGGGUCUUUCACUCUUGGACGAUCUUAAUUUACUUUCAGUCGUUUAUUCUGGUGGAGAAAUAGGUAAACUUUCUCAAUCAUUAUCUAUAGUUCAAAAAGCCAAUGUUGAUGAUAGUUUAACGGGCUUUGAAUUCACUGCUAACGGAUUAACGCAUGUAUAUGAAAUUAUACUAAAUUCGCUUCCAAGUUCUCAGAUAACACCUAAUUAUAUUCUUAAAUUAUAUGAAGCAUAUAUACUGAUGAUCAUGAUUUCAAAAGAUUCAACAAUGAAUAUUGAAGGAGGAAAUCAACUGUAUGUUUUUUAUGAAAAUAAUUUGAACGAUCACGUUAUCACCAUAUUCAUGAAGUAUCUCUUAAAGUUGAAUCCUACCUCAGCAGAUAUGGAUUUGGUUACCUCAGAAGCUAAUUUCGAAGCUGCCAAAUACAUAAUAGACGAUUUCCUCUCCAAAGUCGACUUAAAGAGAAGUAAUCGGUCCGUUUAUUUGUUUGACUUACUCAUUUAUUCAAGUUUACUCGUUCACCAAGACUACAAAUUUGCAUCAAAGAUGAUACGAGCCUCCCGUUCGUAUGGUCUUCCAUUCUCAUUUAACCAAAUAUAUCCUUUCAUUAUGUUUCAUUAUUAUAGAAAUGAAUACAAGCAAGCUGAAUUAUGGUAUCGUGAACUAGUUAAACAUGGGGUGAGAUCUAAGGCUACUCCUACAAAAAACCUCUUCAAAAUUGCCCGUGAAUUAAAUUGGGAUGUCUCAGGUUUUGUAUACCGUAAAUUUGGUAUCCAUAAAAAUUAUAGGAAACGGGAGGAAUUGGCAAAACUUCAAAGAGACCCUGUUUUAUUUAUAGAAGAUAAUCAAGUUGAAGAUGAAGUUACUGAAGAAUUAAUUGAUGUCCCAUCGAAUCAUCAUAAUGAUUUCAACUUUAGUGAUGAAUUAACUUCUAUUCUCCACCAAGCUGACCUUAUAAAAGGAUCUUAA